UUAAAAUCAAUAAAAAAUCAAUGUGUACUCAUAAAAUCGAUUAAAAUUCCCGCGCGAGGCAUACUUUGUCCCCUCGCCACCAGAGCGCACUGCUUCGCGCCACCCACGGCCCACUGCACUGUGUUUACUCAGUGACUCAGUCCUGCGUGUGCACUGUUUAUCGCCUGACGCCUUCAUCAUGCCUAAAGUUGUAGAAAAGAGGAAGCGUGUUGUGCUUACACUUAAGCAGCUGAUCAGAUCAGCCCUGUAUUUGUUUUUUAACCACCCUUGUGAAGCUCCCUUUUCAUCCUCAUGUUCUUUCUUCCAGGCAUUUCUCAGUUCCUCCAGUUUGGUUUCACAUACCGACCGCCGCUUCCACUUUUCCUGCCCUAUCCUCCACCUUUUGUUGCAGCCCUUGCAGAGUUACUUCAUAUUCAUUACACUUAGUCUUGAGUAUCUCAUUUUCUUUCUUUAGUUCCUCCAUUGCCUCUUUCAUCUCAUUGUUUAUUUUUAGAACACUCUCACAUUCAUUAUACUUCUUUCUCAAUUCUUUGUUUUCCAUAAUAAUUUUGUGCUGCUUUUCCAGAAUGCCAGAGAUCGGUUCCCUCAUGCACCUUAUUUCUUUCUCUACACUGAUUAUCCUCCUCAUAUUUCCUUUCCCUUCUCUGAAUCCUGAAAAAUCCCUUUCUCCACUUGCCUCUACCAAUUGUCUCAAGUCCACAGGGGUUUCAAUAAAAUGUGCCUUGUCUCACCUCCUCACUCGGUUUGUUUACAAACCCAUCAUGACUGGUGGCGCCACCUAAAACAUCCUUUCCUUCCAUUUUUUUUUAACCUCAAAUUUGGAAACAGGACACUUUGUAACCCUCUCUCAUCCCUACGUAUACAUUACUAGGCCUCGUUGUUUUGUCCAGAUCCAGCAGCAUGUAUCUUCAGGAGCUCUUGCAUCUGCGUCCGAACAGCUGGCUAGUGAGCACGUGUGUGUGUGUGUGUGUGUGUGUGUGUCAGAUGUCCACACAGCUCUACAACACACUCACACUGCACCCAAACCAGGCAGUUAAGAAACUAAAGACAUGUUGUUGUUUGAGAUCCCUUACCACUCCCUUUACUCUCCUUUUGUCUCAUCCCACAGGCAUUGUCCGUGAUGUUUCCGGUGCUGUGGUUCCAUCGUGGCAGGCAUGGAAGUGCCUCCGCCUCAUGAUCAUUGAGAGCAUGGACACAGAGGCCCCAGUGGGUAAGUGGACCUCCUCAAUGGACCGAUGGACAGAGGCUGGUGUGCUGGCUGCACGUGUCAGGCGUGAAUCUCAACCUUCUCCAUUGUGGCAACAGGGAUGACAUAUGAGAUGGCCAUGACCAGCACGCCCCCUCAGGUGCUGCAUCUGCACCUGCCACUCAGUCCAUCCUCUGAGGCCGUCAUCCUGCGCAUCUUCCCAAAGCCUCAGCGUUAUGACACCUAUGUGGAUGGUGUCUUUGUUCCCUCAACCAACCUCAACACCUCUGCAGCCAGCUAUUACCUGUUGCCUGAGGACCCCCUCCCCCCCCCCUCAGGCUUUCCUUCCCACGCUGGACAAUUGGGGACCAGCUACUUCCAGUGCAAUGCCAAGUUGGUCCAUGUGGUGCUGCGCAGAGGCCACGCCCUUGACAUCAAGACCACACCCAUGAUCACCCUCACCAGUGGCCUCAUGGUGAAGGAAGAUGAGUUUCAUGAGCAGAACCUGGUGUUGAAUCUGGCCGACCUGUUUGAGGUAUCCCCAAACAACAUCAGGGUCAUCAGUGUUAUACGGGAGAACUCCAAGAGACAGCAAGGAAAGCUGGAGGCUGAGGUGGCCAGCGCUCCUUCUACAACCCUGAAUGGUGAGGGGGAGGAGGGAGCAACUGGUGGGGAGGUGAUUCCCUAUGAGAAGCUGGUGCAGAGUCUGGAGAAGGCCGUCAGUAGAUUCCAGGAUGGAUCAUGCAGCAACUGUGCCUCUCUCUUGGUGAGUGACCCCGUAGAGCCACCACCCAUGGAAACCCCUCCAAAGGCCACAGAGGAGGAAGGCAAUGUUGUCAUUCCAGAUGUCGAGCCAUUCUUCAAGCAGCAGGAGAAGGAGGCGCCUCGGCAGAGAAGAUCAAGGAAAGCCUGGCAGUGACUGAGUAUGCCGAGCCAUCCAGUGCAUUGGUGCUGAGUGGUGUGUCCAGCAGUGUGGUGCAGUACACAGUGUUUGAAAUACAGCUGUCCGUCACUGUACUGGAUAAAGAGGUGUGUGUGUGUAGUUGUAAUAUACAGGGCUUGAGCUACACACCUCUGGUUCUGUCUCCAUCUUUAUUCAUCCAUCUGUUUGUGCAUUUCUUGCCUCUCUCACCUUUGUUUGUCUAGUUGUGGUAUACAGGGGCUGGGCUACACUCCUUAUCCCACCUCUGUAUUCAUUCAGUCCUUGUGUGUGUGUGUGUAUUUACCUAGUUGUAUUUACCUAGUUGUGAAAUACAGGACAAGAGCCACACUAGGUUUAUGCUGUACCAUCUCCAUAUCGACUUUUAUCUAGAUUUUCUUUAAAUUCAUGAAUUGUCUUUGUACACACAGUCUCAUCCUUAAGUUUAUUCCACACUGUUAUACUUCUGUGUGGGAAGCUGUUUCUUGAUGUCUCUUCUACAAACACUCCUUUUCAAUCUCCUUCCAUGUCCUCUUGUGUCUCUUGUAUCUGGUAUCAAGAGAUAUUCUUUGUCCAACUUUUCCAUUCCUUCCAAUAUUCUAUAUAUUGCUAUCAAAUCACUUUCCCUCCUUUUUUCUAGUGUAGUCAGGCCCAAUCUCUUCAACCUUUCCUCAUAACUAUACUCUCUUAAGCUUGCAGGGAUUUUAGUUGCAGCUCACUGGAUUCUUUCUAACCUUGUAUCCUUUUCCAAACUU